AUGAGAGGUGACUCCAGGCAGCUGACCUGUCUCAGAGCACUGCCAUGAACCACUUCCAUGCCAUCCUGGCCCAGGUACAGACCCUUCUCUCCAGUCAGCAGCCCCGGCAGGUACGGGCCCUCCUGGAUGGCCUGCUGGAAGAAGAGCUCCUCUCACGGGAAUACCACUGUGCCCUGCUCCGGGAGCCUGAUGGUGAGGCUCUGGCCAGGAAGAUUUCCCUGACCCUGCUGGAGAAAGGGGACUUAGACUUGGCUUUCUUGAGCUGGGUCUGCAACAGUCUGCAGGCCCCCACAGUAGAGAGGGGCACCAGCUACAGGGACCAUGGAGGCCAUAGUCUGUGUGCCACCAUGGAACUGGGGCCUCCAGAGGGCAGCUACUUGGAGCUCCUUAACAGUGAUGCCGACCCCUUACACCUCUACCACCUCUAUGACCAGAUGGACCUGGCUGGGGAGGAGGAGAUCGAACUCAGCUCAGAGCCAGACAUGGACACCAUCAACUGCGACCAGUUCAGCAAGCUGUUACAGGACAUGGAAAUGGAUGAAGAGACCCGGGAGGCCUAUGCCAACAUCGCGGAACUGGAUCAGUACGUGUUCCAGGAUACCCAGCUGGAGGGCCUGAGCAAGGACCUCUUCAUAGAGCACAUUGGAGCAGAGGAAGGCUUUGGUGAGAACACAGAGGUCUCCGUGGAAGCAGGACAGAAGCCUCAGAAGAGACGCUUCCCAGAAGAGCAUGCUAUGGACUCAAAGCACAGGAAGCUAGUGCCCCCCUGUAGGACCUCACUGAACUAUUUGGAUCUCUCCACUGGGCACAUUCAGAUCUUCACCACUCUGCCCCAGGGACUCUGGCAAAUCUCAGGGCCUGGUGCAGGGCUCUCCAGUUUCUUAAUCUACCACGGUGAGAUGCCCCAGGUCAACCAAGUACUCUCUUCAAGCAGCCCCACUGUCCCCAGUCUCCCCGAGGCCCCAGAUAGGCCUGGCUCUGCCAGCCCCUUCGCACCAUCCGCAGCUGACCUGCCCAGCAUGCCCGAACCUGCGCUGACCUGUCGAGUAAAUGAAACAGAGGACACUACAUCCCCCUCCUCAUGCCAAGAAGGUCCUGAGUCUCCUAUCAAGUUUCCAAAUUGGCCAGAGUCUGUGGAGCAGUUUCAGCACUCCCUACAGGACAAGUACCAGGCAUCGUCCGAGAGCUCAAGUGGUCCUCUGGUGCCCAUGGAGUUGGUGCGAGCCAGGUUGGAAAGAGGCAGCAACAAGAGUCAGGAAAGGGAGCUGGCCACUCCAGACUGGACAGAGCGCCAGAUAGCCCAUGGUGGUCUGGCCGAGGUACUUCAGGUUGUCGGUGACUGCAAGCGACCACGAGAGACACAGGUGGUCGCUGUGCUGGGCAAGGCUGGCCAGGGCAAGAGCCACUGGGCCAGGACAGUGAGUCACACUUGGGCACGUGGCCAGUUGCCACAAUAUGAUUUUGUCUUCUAUGUCCCCUGUCAUUGCUUGGAUUGUCCUGGGAACACCUACCACCUGCGGGAUCUGCUCUGUCCCCCAAGCCUGCAGCCACUGGCCAUGGAUGACGAGGUCUAUGAUUACAUUGUGAGGCAUCCGGACCGUGUUCUGCUCAUUCUAGAUGCUUUUGAGGAGCUAGAAGCCCAAGAUGGCCUCUUGCAUGGAUCCUGUGGACCUCUGUCCCCAGAACCCUGCUCCCUCCGGGGACUGCUGGCUGGGAUCUUCCAGCGGAAGCUUCUACGAGGCUGCACCCUGCUCCUCACAGCCCGGCCCCGGGGCCGCCUGGCUCAGAGCCUGAGCAAGGCAGAUGCCAUCUUUGAGGUGCCCAGUUUCUCUACUAAACAGGCCCAGACUUACGUGAGGCACUACUUUGAGGACUCAGGGAUGGCAGGGAAUCAAGACAAGGCUCUGGGCCUCCUGGAGGUCCAGCCUUUUCUCCUCACCCAUAGUCACAGCCCUGUUCUGUGCAGUGCUGUGUGCCAGCUCUCCAAGGCCCUGCUAGAACAGGGCACAGAGGCCCAGCUACCUUGUACACUUACAGGACUCUAUGUUGGCCUGCUAGGCCCUGCAGCUCGGAACAGUCCUCCUGGAGCCUUAGUUGAGUUGGCCAAGCUGGCCUGGGAGCUGGGACGAAGACACCAAAGCACCUUGCAAGAAACCCAGUUUCCAUCAGUGGAGGUGAAAACCUGGGCAGUGACUCAAGGCUUGCUGCAGCCAACCCUGGGGACUGCAGAGGCCCAACUGGCCUUCUCCAGUUUUCUGCUUCAGUGUUUUCUGGGUGCUGUGUGGCUGGCACUGUGCAAUGAAAUCAAAGACAAGGAGCUGCCUCAGUACCUGGCCUUGACCCCGAGGAAGAAGAGACCCUAUGACAACUGGCUGGAGGGGGUACCCCGCUUUCUGGUUGGAUUGGUUUUCCAGCCUCGUGCCCACUGCCUGGGAGCUCUGGUGGAGCCUGCAGUGGCUGCAGUGGCGGACAGGAAACGGAAGGUUCUUACCAGGUACCUGAAGCGCCUGAAGCUGGGGACGCUUCAGGCUGGCAGGUUGCUGGAGCUGCUACACUGUGCCCAUGAAACACAGGAACCUGGUAUUUGGGAGUAUGUUGCACACCAGCUCCCUGGGUACCUCUCCUUCCUGGGCACACGGCUCACCCCCCCAGAUGUGUAUGUCCUGGGCAGGGCCUUGGAGACAGCCAGCCGGGACUUCUCCUUGGACCUUCGUCAGACUGGCAUUGAGCCCUCUGGACUGGGAAACCUCGUGGGACUCAGCUGUGUCACCAGUUUCAGGGCCUCCUUGAGUGAUACAAUGGCAUUAUGGGAGUCACUACAGCAGCAGGGAGAACCCCAGCUACUCCAGACAGCAGAGAAAAAGUUCACCAUUGAGCCAUUUAAGGCCAGAUCUCCAAAGGAUGUGGAAGAGCUGGACAGCCUCGUGCGGACCCAGAGGCUGAGAAACCCCUCAGAAGAUUCAGCUAAGGAUCUUCCUGCCAUCCGGGACCUUAAGAAGCUAGAGUUUGCGUUGGGCCCUGUCUUGGGUCCUCAGGUUUUCCCCACACUGGCAAAGGUCCUCCCGGCCUUUUCUUCACUGCAGCACCUGGACCUGGAUUCGCUGAGUGAGAACAAGAUCGGGGACAAGGGUGUGUCGAAGCUCUCAGCCACCUUCCCUCAGCUGAAGGCCCUGGAGACGCUCAACCUGUCCCAAAACAGCAUCACUGAUGUGGGUGCUUGCAAGCUUGCAGAAGCCCUACCGGCCCUAGCCAAGUCUCUCGUAAGGCUGAGCUUGUACAAUAACUGCAUCUGUGACACAGGAGCCAAGAGCCUGGCACAAGUACUUCCGGACAUGGUGUCCCUGCGGGUGAUGGAUGUCCAGUUCAACAAGUUCACGGCAGCUGGUGCCCAGCAGCUGGCCUCCAGCCUUCAGAAGUGCCCUCAGGUGGAAACACUGGCAAUGUGGACACCCACUAUCCCCUUUGGGGUUCAAGAACACCUGCAGCAUCUGGAUGCCCGGAUCAGCCUGAGAUGACCCUGCUGUACCCUGGACAAGCAUGUACUCUGGGGACACUGACCACGCUGGACCUUGAACUGGGCGCUGUGGACUCAGCUCUUCCAUGGGCCAUGAGAGUCAGCUUCCUGUCACCCUGCCCUGCAGGCUCAGGGUUGGCCCUGCCUACAUGAGGAAUGGACACGUGUCUUGCUCCUCAGCAGGCUCCAAGACCAGCUCCAGGUUCUCACAGCACCAGGUAGGAAGACAGCCCCAUGCUGUGGCUGUGAGCUGGCAGACAGGCCUGGGCUGCCUUCCUUGGGCUCACCCAGGAGGCCGAAGGCCUUCUCUUCAGUAUUCCAGGCCAGAGUGAGGAACUGAAGCAUCCAAGCGCCUGCCUGUCCAGGCCAGGGCCAGCCUGUAGAGAAAGCAUGUCUUCCCACCGCUCCCAAGAGGGCCUCCUAGAGGCUCUGAAGAUGCUGAGGACAAUGCUGGCCUGCAGCCCUCUUGAUGUGACAGGGAGCCAAUGGCAGCUCUUUCUACUCGUGGUACUGUUUUCAUAAACUUUAGGUCAAAGCUGAGUCAGGCCUGACCCAGACCUUGGAUGUGAACCAAGAGCCGGGGAAUGGUCCACUUCAGGGCUGCAGCAGGCAGUUCUGGCCUCCUUCACACUCACUACGCUUUAAAUGCACCAGCUAUACUCACUGGAGCUCUGGGUCUUGGUUUAUCCCAUGAGUUCCAUGUGGGGACACCUUCUGUCCCAUCUAAUGCAAACCAAAACCAAAAACAGACAAACAAAAAAACAAUUCACACUCCAGCAGCCAGCAGGCUCAGCAGUCCCCACCAACCCAGAAGUCAGGCUGGAAUCAUGCGUGUCUGGCAUGUGACACUGUGGGACAGCUGGCUGGGGCUUGCCCUCCUUGUGGCAUUAUAGCUAUGUCCCAGAGAGGAGAAGUGAGGAGAGCAUCUGUAGACUAUUCAGAACAGGUCUCCAGGCCACCCAGAAUUGUUUGUACAACACUCUGCAGGCACCCAUGUAUGUACCAUGCAACCCACCACUGCUGAGAGCGUCUUUGCUGCGGAGAUUUUCAUAGCUUCCAGAGAUGCAGUGAAAAGUUCUUACUCCUGGGCCUGAGGACGAAAGCAGUGACCACUGUACAAAGUGGAGUGUUCUCUCCUACCGACCUGCUGCAUCUUGAGAGUGCUGCAUUCUGGGCAUGCUGCAUCCUGGGAGCAGCUCUGUAGCCAAAUUGGCCGGCCUUAGCUGCAGCUAGCCCAUUCCUGUUUUCUCUGGGACACCACCUUUGAACUCAGGCAUCAUUGAUCCCUCCAUCGGGACAAUGACAGCUUGCUUUCUUGUCUUGGCAGACGGAGCUGUCUGCGUGGCUCCAGCAUGCCCGCCCUGAUGCCAGCAGGACAGGCGUAUCCCAGGAAGUGGGAACUGGGCUAGAGGGCCUGGGGUCGGGGUGGUCUGCAUGGCUGCUCGGGGAGAUUCGUGGAGAGGCAGGUCCAGCUGCAGCUCAGGAUUACCUUAUGAACUGUCGGGACCUCGGGCUCAGGGGUGGCCCAUGGAAGUCCCAUUUGUGUGGCCACAGGGGACAGCACUGAGGCACUCUCCAAGCAUCUGUUGUACCUGUCAGGAAGGAAGGCAGAUCUGUACCUCUGCCUUUGGUCUGUCUGGAGAUGCCAAAAAUGUCUCUCACUACUCUGUGCUGAUGGCUGCCAUCUUUUAAUGAGUUGAGUAGGUAAGGACUCACUAUAGUGCCAGGGACAUAGUAAAUACCCAACAAAUCUCACUGGGGCUUGAUCCUGUGUGCUGGGAAGCAUCUUAGGUGCUUUGGCUCCAAAGGACUGCACAACAUCAACUCUUGGUUGAGCUGCCUGGUUCCAGGCUCCAUUUUGUCACAUAUGCAAGGCAAGUUUCAUCCGUGCCUUAGUUUCCUUGCAAUGGGCAGAGUCACGGUAUCUCCUCUCCUGGAUUAUAUAAAGACUCAAUGUGAAAACAAUAUUAAUAAAACGGGUCAGCAAAAUGGCUGAGGGGGUACAAGCCUGGUGAGCUGGGCUUGAUCCCCAGGACCAUACUAUGGAAGGAAGAACUAAGGAUCACACAUUCUCCUCUAAAGUUUCUGUGCACUGUGUACGCACUGGAACUACAGGUGGUGGUGAGCCUCUAUAUUGGUGCUGGGAACAGAACUUGGGUCCCCUGCAAAGGCAGCAAGAGCUCUUAAUCACUGAGCCAUUUCUCUAGUCCAUUUAAAAAAAAGAAUUAAGAGUUGAAACCAAUGCCUGGCACAGGGGUUCUAAUGCCCUCUUGUGGACUCCGUGGGUACUGUGUUCACUUGGUGUACAUAUACACAUAGGCAAGACACUCAUACAUAUAAAUAUAUCUUGAAGACCACAAAGGUCAUGUGUGGUGGCAUACACCUCUAACCCCAGAUCUCUGUAAAUUCAAGGCCAGCCUGGUCUAUGUUACACAGGGAGGCUCUGUAUUAACAAAUAAAAACCCAGUACACAGCUCAAUGCGGGAGCUCCCAGCCUUCCUUUUGCCCGUGUGUUAUUCCUGCCUGGAAUGUUCCUUCCCAGAUUCUGUGUGGCUGACUUCCUGCAGGACUCUGCAGGACAGACUCUCCUGCAGAUCUGUCUGUCUCUUUCCUCUGUGCCCUGCUGUCCAUCUCUACCUCAAUAUUUUCUUUCUUGAACUUUUGUUGUCUGCCUGUGUAGGAUGUGAGUUCUAGGGAAGCAAGGGUUUUGUCUGCUCUGAUCAUCCUUAGGCUCUCUAUACCCAGCCAGGAGCCAUGCCCACAGUAGGAGCUCAGUAAAUGAGAGAAGGGUGGCUAAUCCUCAGCACAGCCUCAUGUUGGGGCUUUCUGUAAUGUGCACUGAGGACACACGUGAACAAGAUGCUCUAGGUUCCUGUGCUGGAAAUCUUGCAUCUUAGCAAAUUUAAGACACCUCCUAGACAGAGCUGCUAGGUGUGGCUGGCCAGGCCAUGCACUGCACGAAGGCUCUGGGGCAGUGAACACUUGAGGGUUGCACCAGAGUGGGGCCUGGAGUAGAACAGCAACAGUUUAGAGACCCUUUUGGUAAUUAGCAUGGUGCCAUCUCAGGGAUAGGUAGGUUGUGGGUCCUAUGUUAGAAAGUUCAUAGGGAAGGCUUUGUUGUGACCCCUGUGAAGGAUCUCUGUGGGUAUGGGCGCGGCAUGCUAGAAUAGGUCACCAGGCCCCACCUGGGAUGCAAAAAAGCAGUUCUGGGGGAAUUGGCAGGCUGCCCAUGCAGUAUACUUUCAAUCUAAGCCUCUCCUUGUGCCCUGACUUUCCUCCAGGCCUUUCUCCAAGGGAAGAUUUCUCUCUUCCUGUUAUGUGUGACUGUCCUUGGAGCCAAAAAACCCUGCCAUUUUGGGAAAUUCAGCUAAACAAAAUUAAAAAUUCCAUGUUGCAAAAAAUCUCAUCCCAUCAUGGAGGCGAGGAGGGCCACAGAAUCCUCCCAUGAGUACCCAGUCGCUCACAUCUGUGGUAUGCAAUGUGCCCGAAUUGCACAUGGCUUUGGGGCAGGGCUACAACUAUAUUCUAAACGAGGUUAGACUAGGGAAGAGAGCUCCAUUUUUUGUGGGUUUUGGAGACAGGAUCCAAUGUAGCCCAGGUUGGCUCCUAACUGGACAUAUAGUUGAGGAUGACCUUGAACUUCUGAUCUUUCUGCUUUCCCCUUUAAACUUCUGAUUCUUUUGUCUCUGCCUCUGGAACGCCUCCUCACUGUGCCUAUUUUAUGUGAUGCUGGGGCCUAGGGCUUUGUGCAAGCCAGAUAAGCAUUCUGUCAAAUGAGUUAUUAUAUCCCCAGCCUCUUACACAUUAUAUUAAAGCAAGGUGUCACUAUAUAGCCCUGGCUGGCUUGGAACUCACUUUUAUGACCUGGUUAGACAGGUGGGGCAAGGUUAGAGAUCUGCUUGCCUCUGCUUCCUGAGAGCUGGACUGAAUGUGUGUGCCACCACAUCCACUCCCUCCUCCUAAAUGGAGGUGUAGCCUAGGCUUUAUGUGUGGGAGAGCACACAGCCACCUCUGUGAGACUCAGGACCAAGCUCCCCAAGACGACCUAGCUUUCCACCAGAACUUGGGCUUUGAGAAGAUAAGAGGAGGCAGCCUUUCUAGAGUGAGUUCCCUAGUCUCUGAUUGCAUCUCCUGCCAACUGUCAACCAUGAUGCCCCAUCUCUAAAAUUCAACACACACAUAUGCACACGCACACACACACACAGAAUAGCAGCAGCAGCAGCAACCAGACAAAGCAAAGGCGAUUGGAUUUGCUUACAUUUUUUUAAUGAAAUAAGUCAGCCUCUAAGUAUUGCUUUUACAGGUUUAUGGAAAUCAAGGAUCUACAUCAUUCACACUUUGCACACCACUCACACUUCCAAAAAUAGAUUUCUAGCCAGAGACAGCAUGGCUUUCUCCAGUGCAGUAUCUCAGUUCUGUCAACCUGGAGAGGUUAAACCCUGCCUGGGCCCUGGCACAGCCCUCUUCAGAGUGACUCCCUGAAACUGUGAUCCACAGUCUUGGGUCUGAAGUGUUCCCAGGCUUAAGGUCGCCUGGCACCACACGAUGCUGACAGAGCAGCCUACGUAUGAGUCCCUUUACCACUUCAGCUCUCCAUGUCCUUCCCAGGGGUUAAGUGGGGGAGGCAGGUGCAGCUGGGGGUGAAGUGCAGAGAGGUGACAUCUGGUUGGGUUCCUGUAAACAUCCAUCACAAAGGUGGCGAGUCACAAGCCAGAUCCAGGACAGCGAAGAGCCAGCUGGCAGGCGAGGCCUUCGGAGGUCCUGGCAACUCCCCAUCCUGGCACUGAGUCCUCACUUCUCCUGGCAGACGCCUGGGUUGGGGCAGGAACCCGGUUGUUGGCACGAGCAGGCCUAACCAAGAAGACAAAGGACAGUUAUCACCAGGGCCAUGGGACCUCAGGCUGGGCUGUCUCCUGCAGCUGGGGUGGGCGAGGAAGACUUGCUCCAACCCUUUGGUUCUAGACUCUCCAGAGCCCCAUGCUCAGGCUGGGGAGACUUUUCCUCUACCUUCUUCAUUCCUUAUAAAAACAAUUUCUUAAUUUUUAAAAAUGUAUCUAUCUUUCAAAAACUU